CCUCUUUCCAUCAUUUCAUAAAGCCCGUAGCUUCUUCGACUUGUAAUCCGAUCAAUCUAUCCGGAAUUAUCAUAACGAAAACCACCCAAAGCUCGGGAACCCCGGAAAAAUGGCAGACCAACAAGCCCCGCGAAAAGAGGGUAGCAAUGGAACUAAAAAUAAACAAAUAAUGCUCAAUGCAUUUGACAUGUUAACAGUUGGACAUCUAAGUCCGGGUCAAUGGAAGGUAUGUAUUCCCAGCCUCAACAGCAUUCGACAAUACUAAGUAAAAUAUAGAAUCCCAAAGAUCGAUCAGCAAACAAAAGAGAACUGAAAUAUUGGAUUGACCUUGCACAGAUCCUUGAGCGAGGAGGUAUCAACGCACUCUUCUUGGCAGAUACAUAUGGUGGAUAUGAUACGUAUGAAGGGAGCUUGGAUAAUUGCAUCAGAAGAGCUGCACAAUGGCCUGUGGCUGAUCCGACAAUUGUGAGUAGAGGAUGACGAAUAAAUGAUUGAAAUAAUGAAUACUGAUUCUAUUACCAGCCGAUAAGUGCAAUGGCCGCUGGUAAAGUACUCAGACUCAGAUCCUUGUCAAGAUGCUGAUAUAAAUGCAAGUGACCAAGAAUUUGGCUUUCCUUAUUACAGCAAGCACAUCUUUCGAACCACCAUUUCUAUUGGCAAAGAGAUUCUCAACUCUUGACCACCUCACUGGCGGCCGAAUCGGGUGGUGAGGAUCAAAUUAUUCUUGUACAUGCAUUUCCCCCAUUGCUGACGGAUUGCAUUCAGGAAUAUCGUGACGUCCUGGAAAAAAGCAGCAUUCAAAGCGAUAGGUAUUGACACACCGAUUGAACAUGACCAGCGUUAUGAACAAGCGGACGAAUAUCUUCGAGUCCUGUAUAAGCUUUGGGAAGGAUCAUGGAGCCCAGAUGCCAUCAUCAAAGAUACGGAGAACGACGCGUAUAUCGAUCCAGAACUAGUGCGAACAAUCAACCAUCAUGGGAAAUAUUUCAAUCUUGAAACAAGACAUAUUGUCGAUCCUUCUCCUCAGCGGACACCAUUCUUGUUCCAAGCUGGUACAUCUCCGUAAGAGCCCUCAAAUUGCGUUAAAAUAGAGGAAGAAACAGCUGACAGAAUUCCAGAGCUGGAUCCGCGUUCGCCUCUAAGCACGCGGAAGCCAUUUUCGUCACUGCACACUCACCUUCUGUCUUAGCACCCAAGAUCGCCAACAUCCGUCGGCUAGCAAAAGAAGAAGGCCGAGACCCAGCAUCCAUCAAGUUCUUUUGCACUUUCACGCCCAUCAUCGGCCGUACUGAUGAAGAAGCUCAAGAAAAAUUGGCGGAAGUGAAGAAAUAUGCUUCUACAAUCGGAGGUCUCGUCCUUGUUAGUGGAUGGACCGGAAUUGAUCUCUCAAAAAUCCCACCUGGAAAGGAAAUAACUGAAGAGGACUCGUCAGAGGUACAUAAACUAACUUCGUCACUCAGAAUCUUCACGACUGCGAGUGAGGAGGUUCCUAAAUGGACGCCCGAAAGGGUCGCUGAAAUUGCGUCAAUUGGUGGUGGACUCGGUCCAGUAUCCGUUGGGUCUCCAUCAACUGUUGCCGAUGAACUUGAGAGAUGGGUUCGUGAAGCGGAUGUUGAUGGAUUUAAUCUUGGCUAUGUCACAACACCUGGGUCUUUUGAGGAUGUAGUGGAUCUGUUGGUGCCAGAACUUCGGAGACGGGGUAUUUAUCCUGAUACGCAGCAGGAGGGACUUUCGGCUCGUGAGAAGGUUUAUGGGAAGGGGCAGUCCAAGUUGAGGGAUGAUCAUACUGGUAGUAGUUAUAAGUAUGAUGUGUACAAGGAAGAAGCUCCAUAUGUUGCGGAGCAGGAGGCUGGCAAGUGAAUGAGGAUCGUUUGGUGAGGGAACAAUUUUGAGUAAAUGAAUUAAUCAAUCUUUUUUUCAAUAAAAGUUACUAUUUUAUCAA